AUGAGCUGCUGCAAUGUAGUAGCGGUGAUCCUGGUGAACAUCCUUGCCCUUCCUGUCGAAAUCUUGGGCUUGCCCUUCAUGUUGCUUUGGAUUCUGCUAAUGCCAUUGGCGAGCUUUUGCUCGUCACUCAGCUUGAGGCGGCGCGCUGCUGCCCUUGACGCUCGGAAAGAAGAUCCGCUGAUUGCCCAAACCUGGGGAUCACUGGAGGAGCUCUUGUCUAGACCCGCGAUUAGCGUCGAUGCCUCUUCAUCGUGGCCCAUGAUCUUGCCGGCGGUGUUGCUGCUUCCAAUGCUCCUGGUCAACAACUUGCUCGCCAUCUUGGUCCCCCCGUACUUUGCUCACAUCGCUCGCAUGGCAAAAUGGCAUCAAACAUCUGCCACAGGAUGCGGAAAGGUGUUGUUUUCCUGGUAUUACUGGAACUGGCACCUUCUCUUUGGCACUCUGGUCGGGUACAUGGGAGAGCGGCGCGUUAGCGCCUACGCCUUUGAAGGCGAAACGCAAGGAUCGCCGGACUUUUGGUGGCACGGGCAAGGCUUCUUCACCGGAACGCACGCUCUGGCAGAUCAACUUGCCAUGGGCGCACAGGAUCGGGGACUGGGACGGGCCGCUUUUGAUGCCGUGGUUCCAGAAGUCUUCCCUCGCGAUUUAUUAAUUUUCAUGCCGAACGAGUUAGAGGCCAAGUCGACCUCCAAGUGGGCGGAAACCCGGAGGGCUCUUCAUGAUUUCUGGCUCUCGGAGCAGGGGCCAAACUACACGCAGCGGGUAGGGCACUUGAAGGGACUCGUCAAAGAAGCCUGGGCUAAUCCGAGCCUGGAGGACUUGGCCUCUAUCCAGGUAACAGCAGGCUUGGUAUCCCGUUGUGUGUUCUACGUUUUCUUCGGCGAGUGGCUAACGGGAGAGGAGGCCGAGAUCAUGAGACGAUGGGCUACAUGGGCCAAGAUACAGGUUUUGCCGCGGUUUAUGCAUCGGCUGAUGUUCAAUUUCCUCAUUGUCAAGUCAAAAGAGUUGCGUGCGGAAACCAUCAGAUUGAUCUGCCAGCGCAAGUUGGAGCAUGUUUUCACUACUAUGAAUUCUUCAUUCAGCCCGGCCAACCGUCGCAAGUAUGAUAUCGACUUGUGCAAUGAACUCAUGUUCAUAGUUGGAUUUGCUGGAAUCGGGGGACCUACUAGAGCAGCAUCUUCGGUGGGAAAGUUCCUCUUGGCACAGCAGUCAGAGGACAACACUGGAGUGGACUUUGGUGGAGCAAACAGUCAGUGGAUGGUUUCAUUGUACAAGAAGGACCCCAAGGCUUUCAUCAUGGAGACUUGUCGCAUUUCAUCUCCGGUCGGCACCUUCACCACCCGGCUGACUGCAAAAGCCGCGAAGGAGCUGGGCCUGGAUAUUGGGUCGGCACAGGAGUCGCAUGCUGCCGGGGUGAUCAACGUAAGCAAUCUGGAUCCGACCAAGUUCCCGGAGCCCUACAAAUUCGAUCCUGCACGUCCAAACUUGCCAGAUGCACUGACAUGGAAUGGAAAGGCUUUCAGCUCCAGAGAAUGUGACUACCCGCGUCUUUGUCCCGGCCGCGAGUUGAGCAUACAGAUCGUCAAAGCUCUGGUGGAGGUAGCCCUGGAGGGACAAGGAAGUUAG